CCACCGCCACCUCCACCACUUACACCGGGAGAUGAAUAUAUGCCAGAAAAGCCAUCUCCUGAAACUGAUGAGCAUGCGGAAGCUGUUUAUCAGCAAGCGUUAAAGUUCCUCGAACGCGGACGCGGUCAUGGCAUCGAAGGAAGAAAAGCAGCCUACCGUCUUCUUGAUCAAGCUGCGCAAGCUGGACACGCGGACUCCUUGAAGCUUAUGGGUUUUGCUCACUUGUUUGGUGAUCGUGCUCGUUGGUCUAUCGACGAAGCAAAGAAAAUUUUCGAGGAACUUGCUGAGAACGGGUCACCUGAUGCUCAACUUGGUCUUGCCUUCAUGCAUGCUACUGGUAUGGGAGUUUCAAAGUCCAGUCAAGCUAAAGCUCUUGUGUACUACAUGUUCUCGGCUCUUGGAGGAAAUCCUCUUGCACAGAUGGCCAUGGGAUACCGCUAUUAUGCUGGAAUCGCAGUUCCUCAAAAUUGCGAGAAUGCAUUGUCGUAUUAUGAAAAGGCAGCUGAAAAAGUGGCGGAGGGCUUCAAAUUUUCGACAGGUCUUGCCAUUCAGCGAAUAAGGCUUACUGAUGAAAUGGAACCUUCUUCGACGAAUGCUGUCACUACGCCUAUGGAUCAAAAUCUCAUAGAGUAUUAUCGUUUCCUAGCUGAAAAGGGUGACGUUUCGGCGCAGGUAACCUUUGGCUCUUGGGAACCUACGUACUGUUUUUAUUUUCUAUCAGUUUAA